CCGCCCGCUCGACCUUCAUUUGAAUUCUCAGCAGGUCUCCUCCCUCCCCCAUUCCACUCUACCACCACCACCACCACCUCCUCCUCCUCCUCCCUCUCAAAGAGCAGCGAGAUCCGAUCAUGGUGUCCUUCAAGGGCAAAGAAAUCAAGGCCGGAGAUGGAAUCCGUAUCCUUGAGGACCCUCUUCCAUCUAAGAACACUGUGAGAGAUUUCAAGAAAGGGCCAAGAAACGAGCGGAGCAAGCUUGCUGAUGUUGAACUGAGUGUUGAAUCAUCUAGGAUGAAUGAUAGGGAGGUAUCAAGAUUGAUGCCAUUUAGGAAGUCAGUGCCUGCGAAUCCUAUACAAUCAAAGUCCACCAGGCUGGGUGGUGUGAAUAGUCUGAAGGGAAAUUUGCAUAACACAGAGAACAAUAUGGAGAAAUGUGACAACUUUGUACGCAAAGUUAGGACUGGUAGGAAGGCUUUUGCUGAUCUCAGCAACGUCAACCAGAACAAUGAUAAGAGUCAUCAAUUGGGAAAACGUUUGGGCAGCAACCAGAGAACAAUGAAAUGUAAGACUGAAGGAAGCAAUAUUUUGCAAGGCAAGAAUAAUAUUCAUAAAGAUUCUCAUGGACCAAGGGUUUCAUUGACCAAGACUGUCACGACAGCCAGUGCAAGAAAAUCAAUAUUGGGAAAUUUGAGACAUUUAGAGUCAACCAUCAGUAAAUGCAAUAUUUCUGAUGUAAAACGCUCAGAGACAGCCGUUAGUAAAAGCAAUAUUUCUGGUGUAAGAUGUUCAAAGGCUGUUAUUGGUAAAAGCAAUAUUUCUGGUGUAAGACGUUCAGAGGCAACCUUUAGUAAAAGCAAUAUUUCUGGUGUAAGACGUUCAGAGGCAACCUUUAGUAAAAGCUAUAUUUCUGGUGUAAGACAUUCUUUGGCGACCAACAGUAAAAGCAAUAUUUCUGUUAAGAUCGGUAUGAGAAGAAAUACGCUUUCUGAAGCCACCAUACAUGGAAACCUGAAAGGAAACCGAUUGAGUUAUGGACCAAAAUUCAUCAAAAGCCAGGGGCUGAAGAUACCACAAUCAAGCAAGCUUUCCUUAGCUCGGAGCACGAAUGGUAAUGCUUCAUCAAGAAAGUCUUUUAGGCCUACAUCCAAAAUUAAAAUCGGUCCAGUGAUCAAGGAGAAAUUCGCUAUAGGGAAUUGUGAUGCCAGUAGUUUACCCUCAAAUAAAGAUUUAGAAUUGCCAUCAAAGACAGAAGGAGAUCAUGAUGAAUCUGUUACUCUACAAGAAUGUGUUACUGGGGAGGCAAAAACUGAUGGCAGUCAUCCGGCUGAUGACAAUGUGAAAACAGUUAUUUCCAGACCCAAGUGUAAAAGACGUAGAUCAUACACUUCAUCGCUUGUGGCAAGAUCUGAGGUACUUGGUGAGGGUACUGACUGCAUGAAGAAGGAUGAGCUACCUAACAUCGAUGAUAGCAGUAAUCCUCUAGAAGUAGUGGAAUAUGUGGAUGACAUAUAUCAAUACUACUGGGCAAUGGAGGUACAAAAUCCUUCACUAGCAAAUUACAUGACGGUUCAGUCAGAAAUUACUCCUAGGAUGAGAGGCAUAUUAAUCAACUGGUUAAUUGAGGUGCACUUCAAAUUUGAGCUGAUGCAAGAGACACUCUUCCUCAUGGUUGAGUUGCUUGAUAGAGUGCUCUCUUUAGUUGUUGUAAAAAAGAAAGAACUUCAGAUGGUUGGUCUUACUUCUCUUCUACUUGCCUCUAAGUACGAAGACUUCUGGCAUCCUAAGAUAGCUGAAUUGAUCAGCAUUUCAGCAAACUUGUAUACAAGAGAUGAGAUGCUUGCUAUGGAGAAACUCAUCCUAACAAAAUUGAGGUUUCGAUUAAAUAUACCUACUCCAUAUGUCUUCAUGAUAAGGUUUUUGAAAGCUGCUCAAUCAGAAAAGAAGCUUGAACAUCUUGCUUUCUACCUGAUCGAAUUGUGUCUGGUGGAAUAUGAAGCAUUGAGGUUCAAGUCAUCAUUACUAUGUGCAUCAGCAAUAUAUGUUGCUCGGUGCACCUUGAAUAUUACCCCAGUUUGGACAGGACUUCUUAUGAAACAUGCUCGUUACGAAGAACCAGAACUCAGGGCUUGCGCAAAUAUGAUCCUUGGAUUUCACAUUGCAGCUAGCCGAAAAUCAGUGAAUUUUACCUAUGAAAAGUUCCAGAGCCCGGAGCGUGGUUGUGUUGCCAAAUUGAAACCUCUUGAUAAGCUUCCUCUCUAAUUAAUUUGCCGGCAUAUAAAUACACACUCGUAACACCUUUUUGAAUAGGUUUGUCCUGAUUUUGCUCAAUUCUGUGAGUGUUUUUAGUAUGGUUUAUUGUAUCUGUUGUAUGUAUGACUGCCUGUUAACUUCAGUCACAAAUACUGAGCAAGACUUAUAUAUUUAGGGAUAUAUAUAUAUAUAUGUUGAUUAAAAAAAAUAGGUAAACUACGAGAUUUGAAUAAAAAUGAAAAUGCAGUCAAACCACAUGAACUACAUGAACUGGCCAUAAGGCAGAGAAGAGAGUAGGACUCACA